CCCAGAUGUGGGCAAAGGCGCUGUGCACGCUGCUCCUGCUGCUGGCGGUCGCCCUGACCCUGACUGAGACCCGCGCGGGCUCACACUCGCUGCGGUAUUUCCUCACCUCCGUGUCCCGGCCCGGCCUCGGAGAGCCCCGGUACGUGGAAGUCGGCUACGUGGACAACACGCAGUUCGUGCGCUUCGACAGCGACGCGGAGAAUCCGAGAUAUGAACCGCGGGCGCCGUGGGUGGAGCAGGAGGGGCCGGAGUAUUGGGAGCGGCAUACACGAGGCGCCAAGGGCAAUGAGCAGAGUUUCCGAGUGAACCUGCGGAUCCUGCUCGGCUACUACAACCAGAGCGCGGGCGGCUCUCACACAAUCCAGAGGAUGUAUGGAUGUGACGUGGGGUCGGACGGGGGCCUCCUCCGCGGGUAUAAUCAGUUCGCCUACGAUGGCCGAGAUUACAUUGCCCUGAACGAAGACCUGAAAACGUGGAUGGCAGCAGACAUGGCAGCACAGAUCACCCGACGCAAGUGGGAGCAGGCUGGUGCUGCAGAGCUAAGGAGGGCCUACCUGGAGGGCACGUGCGUGGAGUGGCUCCGCAGAUACCUGGAGCGCGGGAAGGAGACACUAAGCAGCAACAGACCUCGGGGUACUACACCACCUUCUUCCUGA